AUGUUUUUCAGAAGGGUGACAAAUCCAUCUUGCAUCAUGGCUGCUCUGAAGAACAAGAUCCACCGUAUCGGCAAGAGGAAGGGUGCGACCCUGAAAGACGUCAGCGCCUGGCGCUGGAUCAAGACGGCGGCGCGCCACUUCAAACAGGAGGGCAAGAUCUUCGUGCCGAACUGCACCGAGAUCAUGAAGAGCUCUCACGGCCGCGAGCGCGCGCCGCAGAACCCGGACUGGUACUACAUCCGCUGCGCCGCCGUCCUGCGCGCCAUCUACCUGCGCCCUGGCGUGGGUUACGGUGGCCUCAGCAAGCGCUUCGGCAACAAGAAGAACUAUGGCAGCCGCCCUGAGCACACCGUGACCUCCUCUACCGGUCCCCUCCACUGGGCCUGCAAGUCGCUGACGAAGCUCGGCCUCGUGGAGCCUGGUGCGCAGUCUGGUCAGCGCCUGACCCGCAAGGGCCACAAGUUUGCUGACUCCCUGGCCUUCCAGGUUCAGAUCCGCAAGUUUGGUGCCAGCACGUAG